AUGUUUUUCCGGCGUGUGUUUGCGAAGGGCAACAACAACAACAACAACACGGGUGGUUAUUCUUCAAACAGUGGGAGCAGUGGUUCGUCGGGAAGUGGUGGAGAAGGAGCGCCAUCGAGAAUGUCGUCGAGUGUUCCGACGGAAUCGCCGGCCCGCUAUCGGCGGGCACUGAACGUCGAGAGUAACCAUCGGGUGCUGUCGGUGUUGCAGCUGACUCCGCUCUGGGAGUACAUCAUACGCAACAAUGAGCUACCGGUGGGGCUGAACAUGAACGAGCUGUUCCGCGAGUUCCUCGAGCGGUUGCAUGAUCCCGAGUUUCAGGUUCGCCAGCACGCACUGCGUGUCCUGAUCGACGUGAUCAUUGUGCUGCGUGACGAAACGGACGUUUACUUUGGCCCGUUGCUACCACCGAUCAUUGACAAUCUUGGCCAUCCUUCGCCGGCCGUUCGGAAGGGGGCACUGGACGUGCUGAAGGUGUACAUCGCUCAGACCAAGCUACCGGAAACGGUGAUGCUGGAGAUCAUGAACUAUGGCAUGGAUCGUAAUCCAAAGGAUCCGCUCAGCAGUCGGUACAUCGUGGGGGUGAUGCUCGCGCUACCCUCCCUCAUCCAGCCCGCCAUCCUAACGGCCAAACGGACCUUCAUCUUGCGCGCAGUGAUCAAUGCGCUCGGUGGUAAGAUGGUACAAAUCACCUACCAAGAGAUAGCGUUAAAGAUUCUGCUGAAAAUCAAAAACACAAUCGGUUCCCGUGAGUUCUACGAGUGCAUUUCCGUGGCGUACCGGCGGGAUUUCGAUUUACUGUGCAACGUGUACGGACUGCCCAAUCCUCCCAAGAGUCCACGGCGUGAUGUGACGUCGAUGGCACCCCCCGGAGCAACUGAUGGUUCAAUUGUGAAAUCAUGGAAACCCCACCCACCACCGGCUGUCAUUUCUCAGCCUCAGCAACAGCAACCUCUGUCUCCGAAGGCCCAGCGCUGGAAAUCGGGUAGCCAGGUGGAUCUGUCACGCACGACGAUGUACGAACCGGCGGCUGUCGCCAUUACCGGUCGGCCUGGGUUGACGCAUGAUUAUGCCCUCACUAAAACGCCCACCGGGGCACCGAUGUUGCGACGCGUCAGUCUCGAGAAGAUCGACGAUUCGAAGGUAAUCCUCGAGACGGAGAUCAAGAUCAACAAAGAAUCGGUUACGAUGCGUAUCCUGGAAGCGCAGGAAAGCACAGGGCAAGGGCAAGGGCAGGGGCAGGGGGAGAACUCCAACUCCUACAGUGAGGAAAGUGAUGAGGACAAUUCCAACAAGCGAUUCGGGGUGGUGCGCGUACUGACCGAUAGCGAGCUGGAGGAUAGUGUAACGGUGAAAUCGAUCGGUGGCACGUCAUCCACCUCGCGCUAUCACGAAUCAGCCAUGCUCGAUGGUGGUGGUGAUGAUGAUGAUGAUGAUCCUGAUCUUCCGCUCUCCUCCGACAUGGACUACGUGCGGCGUACACCGAGACGAGUGCGGUUCGGGGGGGAAAUUGUGAAAAUGCGCACCCCGGACAGUGACACGUUCGAUCAGAGCGAUCAGGAUGCCCUCGGAGGUUCGCAAACUUCAAACUCGAGCAUGAUUACCUCACUGACGACAACGACUGCCACGACAUCGGCAACGAACCAGAGCACGGCCACUUCGAUGCCAUCGUUGCGUUCUUCGCUGAAAUCUGCUUCAUCGAUCAGCGAACGAAGUGCCUCGUCAAGGGCGGCCAUGAUGCGUCGCCAGUACUCGCAAUCGGCGGACACGGAACGAUCGUAUCAUUCCUCGGCCGGUACCGGAAUGUUCCUUAGCUCCUCCGAGUACAGUAACACCGGGAAGCCGGAUCGAGCGCACACCGACAUGGAGAAUGAUACAUCCUUUGUCAGCUCACUGGUUGAGGAUGGGCACGAUGUGUCCGAUCGGGAGGAUAGCAACGAGCGGCUACCGAGUGACUCUCCGCCAUCGGAACCACCACCACCACCCGCCGUGAUAGCGAGCCGUCCCAAGUCAUCGCACACGGUGAGAUCCGCUAAACCACAGAAUGCCACCAGGACACCACCAACACCACCACCACCAGCAGCAGCACCAGCGCCGGUGCAACCGGAAGUGAAGCAACCACAACACCCCGAAACACCCGACAAUCAGAGUCAGCCCGUUGUGCCGGUGACGGUGCCGGUACCAGUGCCUGCGAUACCGGAACCACCGAAUGCCAGCUCGCUUUUGGCCGAUAAGAUCGAAGAAGUGAAGCAAGCGAUCCAGGGCAUCGAGAACAAGAUUAACAAUGUCGUGCUGAAGAAGGCCGAGUCUGUGGAUGUGGCCGGAACGGCCUCAACACCCAAACUGGAGCCAACGCUUUCACUCGAGGUGCUCAUGAAGACGACCAACGCGGACACGGCGGACAACUUGGAGCAAGGUCCGCUGCAGGAAGAGCAAAACCAAAAGGACUACACCAAGGAGCUAAACAUUGAGAUACCGAAGGAGGAAAAGCUUCAGAAUG